AUGAAAGUUUUUGCCUUCACCGCCCUUGCCGUUAUGGCCCAAGAUGAAGUCGACCGAAAGGUUCCCCCACGAACCCCAAGCGACCGAAUCGCCCAGCUCAAGCGACAUGUUGGUCGAUUGAUGGUUGAUCACUUUCCUGAAUGUGCCAAGAACUCCGUCUGGGAAGAAAAACUCACCAAGGUCUUGAGCCGAGCUGAGUCUGCUUUCGAGCGAUCUUGCGGAUUCUUUGACCCCGAUCUUCCACACGGUGGUCCAUCCCCAGCUCGACGACGACGACAAGCUGACGAUGAUGAGGUGCGAUACUCUGAGACCGACGCUAUCGCCUCCAUCAAUGGCAUCACCGGAGGCAUCCGAAAGUUUGCUGAACGAUACAUCUCCGAGUGUGGCGGCCAGAAAGCCAACAAGCACAUCGUCAACCAUGCCAACAAGUGGCGAGCCAAGUUGACCAGCAAGUUCGAGAAUGGUUGCUAA